CGUGGCUGCGGGACGGGCGCUGCAGCGGGAGCGGCUGCGGGACGCGGGGCACGGAAUGUGCUGGGCUGAGCGGCUGCAGCAGGCACGGAGCAGCGGGGGAUGGACCUGGAAGGUGUGACUGAUUUCCAAGCCCUCCGAGCCAAAUUCCAGAAUGACCCCGCUUUGGUCAGCAGGAUGGGGCAGCCGGGCCAGACUCCUCCAGCGGGGAUCGCUCCCAAACCCGGCUUUGUUGGGAUCACCACAUCCAGCCCUCUGCCCCCGACCAGGAGAGAGGUGAAAACCUUCACACCUGCCCAUCCCACCUCUCAGCCCCCUGUGCCCACCCUGCACAGCCCCCUGGCCAGGCUGGGUUAUGGGGAGCACACCAAAGCGUUCCAGGGCAUCGGCACCGCGGAGAAAGGGCUGAGCUCUCCCGAGAACAGCUCAGAAAAACCUCUCUCAUCCCAUGGCACUGACCAGCAAGAACCAAGCCAAGCAUCUCCAGAGGACCCUCAGCUCCCAGAGUCUUUCCAGCACGCCCUGCAGAUCUGGGAGGAGACUUUAUCCCGCAAUGAGAAAGCAACUCCAAAGCUUCCAACCCAACGGGCGGCAAACUCAGCUCCCUCUGCCUCGGGCAGAGAGUGGAGGCGACCCUCAGGCAGCUCCCCUGGGCUGGACUGGCGUGCCCAGAGGGAAGAUAUCCUUCCCCAGGCUCCCAGGGGACACAGGAGCUCUGAUGGAGCCGGUGCUGAGGGUGUGGUGGCAUCUGCGUGCUGCCAGUUGGGCUAUGGUGCACCAAGAGAGCCACCCCGGCACCAGAAAGAAUCAGAGCUCCCCUUCUGCCAGCCUGGAGCAGGAACAUGGUCCUACAGCCCCGGGAGGAAAUGGCCAAGGAUUAAACCUCUCCCUCCAGCCGAAUCCCUGGGUCCUGCCCCUGGGAAGCCUCCAAGACCCCCAAAGUUUGAUCUCAGAGCUUUCCAGAGCCUCCUGCCUUUGACCCACAGAGGAAAUGAAACAACUGCUGGAGAAGAGGAUUACCUGAGCCCCGAAAGUGCUCAACUUGAAGAGCAGAAUAAUUAUGAAGAAACCCCGAUGUACCUGAAUCAGCCUGGGGACACCACAACCUUGUGUGUCAUUGAAGCACCUAAGGCAGAGCCUCAAGGACACAAGAAACAGAAGAUUUUYCCCUUUGCCAAAUCCAGUUUCGGUCUGGAAAGAGCUAUAACAGAGGAUGAAAAAGAGGGAAAACCAAGCCAUGAAAGGAUGAAAUGGGAAGAGAACAACAUUUUCAAGACAGGUAGAAAUGGCUACUUGCACCCCACCAGCCAUGCCAGGGGAGAUGGCAGAGGAGGGAUGAAGGCUCUGCAAGGGCAGCAGGAUGUGAGCAGUCCCCAAACUGCCCCGUUCCCGAUCCUGCCAGGGCUGCCUAAAGACAGCGCCGAGCUCUUUCCCAGCGUGGAUUUUGGUGCUCCAGAUCCUGGGAUGGAAGGAACAGCCUUGGACCAGCACCCUUGGCAGGCUCUGCAGGCARCAGAGGACAUCUACGACGACGUUGAGGAGCUGCAGGACAGGCUCAGCCACGGCUCAGAUGCCUCCAGUUCCUUCACUUCAGACAGCAUUUCAGGGAACAGCUACGAGGAAACCUAUGAAGAUGUGGACAUUGGGGGUGAUAAUCCAGCUAAACCAGAAACAGAAAAGCAAAAGAGGUUUGGAAACCUGUUUAAGAUAGAAAAGUUGAAGCUGAACAAUUUCAGGCUCAAGGACAACCUAAGAUUGGUUUCCAUUUCAGUCCCAAAUUUAGCAGCUGCCCCUCAGGAGGACAACGUGUACAACAACAUCGAGGUGGGGCAGAGAGAGCCCAGGGGGAAGGAUGAGAAGUACAAAGUGAGGAUGCCCAAACUGCGGGCGGUGAGGAAGCUCAGGGACGUGAGCAAAAMCAUCGACGACGUGGAAAGGAGCUUCUUAAAAUUCAAGAAGAGCAGCGAAGAAAAGAGCAAGAAGAUGGAAAAAGAAGAGAAGCUCUCUAGAGAAACAUUCACGCACGACAAGGAGCUCCGUGUGCUGGCCAGAGCCACGGCUGAGUGCUCGGUGCCCGGCCGGAGCCGCGGCGACCUCCCGGUCACAGCUGGMGAACAGCUGGACGUGAUGGACAGCGGCCACGGCCACACCGUCAUCUGCCGCAACCGCCAGGGCAGAUAUGGGUACGUCCUCGUCAAGUACUUGAGCUUCAGGUAAAUUCAGAUUUUUAUUCAUUGUGAUGCAUAUUUUCCUCUCUUUUUUUCUAUGCUGGAGAAAUGUACUUAAAACUUCCAAAGGCAGGGGGAAG